AACGCAUUACAUUUUUGACACACACCGACUGCAUCCGCGUGCCAUGCCGCAGCUUACAGAGGAGUUGAUCCGAAAGCGCGCUGAGCACAAUGAGGGCGUCUUGUCCGACCUCGAAGAGAUCGCCUUGCAUCAGCAGGAGAUUGAGAAGAUCGAGAGCAUCGAGGCUUGCUGUCGACAUAUCAAGAUCCUGCUCCUUCAGAACAACAUCAUUCCCAAGAUGGAAGGUUUGAAUAAGUUGAAGGAGCUGGAAUACUUGAAUCUGGCGUUGAACAAUAUCUCCAAGAUCGAGGGGAUAGAAGGAUGUGAGUCCUUAAGGAAGCUGGACCUCACCGUGAAUUUUGUGUCGGUGGAGGAAUUGGAAGAAAGUGUUUACAACUUGAAGGCCAACAUGAUGCUGGAGGACCUGUACCUCACUGGCAAUCCCUGUGUGGAUUGGUCCGGCUGCAGGGCCUAUGUGAUUGCACAUUUGCCCCAGUUGAAGCAGUUGGAUGCCAAAUUAGUGCUGCCACGUGAACGGAUCAAAGCACGGCAGCAACUGCCAAGGCUCCAGCAAGACCUAGAAGUGGCCAUCGAGGAGGCCCGCAGAAAGCGGCUGGCCGCAGCUGGAGAGCCUGUCUCAGAAGGUGCCUACACCAAGGAAAGCAGGAACGAGAUGUACUUGGAGCUGGCGGAGCAAAAGGCGGAGAAGGAGCGAAAUGAGAAGCGGCGGAUGGGCAUGGAGCCAAAAGAGCUUCGCACGGUGCCUGGUGUCUACAACGCUCGAGGAGAGAUCCGGCAGUGCAACGAGGGCAAGUACAACUUCGAUCUUGAUGACUGGACGUAUCCAGACAAGAUCGUAUUUGAGCUGGGUGUUCCAAAGUACUUGGACACAACUGCCCUGGACGUGGAUGUGAAUCCGCUCUACGUCAGAGUAGUACGACCUCUUGAACGUUUUGUCCAAGCACACCUUGAGAGCAAUUCCUUCAUUGUUUUGAAUGGUGCUCAAGUUGUGUGUGUGUGUGUUCAUCUUUUUCAAGAUAGUUUAUUCAUUCCCAAGCACAUGCAGCACACUGAGGUUGUCAAGGACAAGGUCACCCAGCUGAAGUUGUCAGCCGAGGUGAAGCCCGAUGCAUCGAAAGUGCAGCGCUCCCGCACCACGGGUUUGCUCCAUAUCGACAUGCCAUUGGUGGAGCCACACCAAGUGAAGGAGCGCAAGGCCCCCGAGCCGGAGCUCCAGCCGUUGAAGCCUUCAAUGGAUCCACCUGGAAGGCUUGGCUACAGCACAGGUGAUGGCGGCCCAUCCAAGACGGUGUCUAUACAAGGCAUCUACAAGGAUCCCAAGCGCGUGGCCCCAAAGAAGCAGGACACGUUGCUCCGGGAGGUGAAGACAACACGAGCGACACCCAAAGCAACAGAGGAAGAGGAGGAGGAUGAGAUCCCGCCACUGGAGUGUCGCAAAUAGCGGUCGCCUCCAGGAUGCACGAGAGGAAACUUCAAGGCGAAAAGGACUUUUUUCCAUUCAGAAACCAAGUGGAAGCAAUGAAGGACAAUGGAGGCAGCGGAAUGGGUGACUUCCAUUUACCUCAAUAUGUACCCGACGAACAGAUAGUUUUUGGAAGGUCGAUGCUUUUUGCAUGUUCAAUUGCUCAGCAUUGCUCAACCCUCCCAAACGAGGAAGAGCAGUGCUUUCAGGUUUCCAACAGUCGGACAGUUUUGUUUCACUGGCCUUCCUGAUGCUGACUGAAGCUGUGAUUGUUGGUCC